UCGCCUUUGGCAAGGGGUCUGGAACUGCGGGCGUCAGUUUCCCUCAAGAUGGCGGACGAGGAGGCUGGGGACACAGAGAGGAUGGAAAUCAGCACGGAGUUGCCGCAGACCCCUCAGCAACUGGCGUCUUGCUGGGAUCAGCAGAUUGAUUUUUAUACUAUUUUCUUGAACUAUUUGGCACACGUGGUGCCUGACAUUUAUUUUGCUGAAAUGGACCCAGAUUUGGAAAAGCAGGAGGAGAGCAUACAGAGGUCAAUAUUCACUCCCCUGGAAUGGUACUUAUUUGGAGAAGAUCCAGAUAUUUGCUUAGAGAAACUGAAGCACAGUGGAGCAUUUCAACUUUGUGGGAAGGUUUUCAAAAGUGGAGAGACAACAUAUUCUUGUAGGGACUGUGCAAUUGAUCCAACAUGUGUACUCUGUAUGGACUGCUUCCAGAAUAGUGUUCAUAAAAAUCAUCGUUACAAGAUGCAUACUUCUACUGGAGGAGGAUUUUGUGACUGUGGGGACACAGAAGCAUGGAAAACUGGUCCUUUUUGUAUAAGUCAUGAACCUGGAAGAGCAGGUACCACAAAAGAGAACUUACGCUGUCCAUUGAAUGAAGAGGUAAUUGCCCAAGCCAGGAAAAUAUUCCCUUCGGUGAUAAAAUACAUUGUAGAAAUGACUAUAUGGGAAGAAGAAAAAGAACUGCCUCCUGAACUCCAGAAAAGGGAGAAAAAUGAUAGAUACUACUGUGUCCUUUUCAAUGACGAACACCAUUCAUAUGACCAUGUCAUAUACAGUCUACAAAGAGCUCUUGACUGUGAACUUGCAGAGGCCCAGAUGCACACCACCGCCAUAGACAAAGAGGGCCGUCGGGCUGUUAAAGCAGGUGCUUUUGCUGCUUGCCAGGAAGCAAAGGAAGAUAUAAAGAGUCAUUCAGAAAAUGUCUCUCAACAUCCACUUCAUGUAGAAGUAUUACACUCUGAGGUUAUGGCGCAUCAGAAAUUUGCUUUGCGUCUGGGGUCCUGGAUGAAUAAAAUUAUGAGCUACUCAAGUGACUUCAGACAGAUCUUUUGCCAAGCUUGCCUUAGAGAAGAACCUGGCUCAGAGAAUCCCUGUCUCAUAAGCAGGUUAAUGCUUUGGGAUGCAAAACUUUAUAAAGGUGCCCGUAAGAUCCUUCACGAGUUGAUCUUCAGCAGUUUUUUUAUGGAGAUGGAAUACAAAAAAUUCUUUGCUAUGGAAUUUGUGAAGUAUUACAAGCAGCUCCAGAAAGACUAUAUCAGUGAUGACCAUGACAGAAGUAUCUCUAUAACUGCACUCUCAGUUCAGAUGUUUACUGUUCCUACUUUGGCUCGACAUCUUAUUGAAGAGCAGAAUGUUAUCUCUGUCAUUACUGAAACUCUCCUGGAAGUUUUGCCUGAGUAUUUGGAUAGGAACAAUAAAUUCAACUUCCAGGGUUAUAGCCAAGACAAAUUGGGAAGAGUAUAUGCAGUAAUUUGUGAUCUAAAAUACAUCCUGAUCAGCAAGCCCACAGUAUGGACAGAAAGAUUAAGAAUGCAGUUCCUUGAAGGCUUUCGAUCUUUUUUGAAGAUUCUUACCUGUAUGCAGGGAAUGGAAGAAAUCAGAAGGCAAGUUGGGCAACACAUAGAAGUAGAUCCUGACUGGGAGGCUGCCAUUGCUAUACAGAUGCAGUUGAAGAAUAUUUUACUAAUGUUCCAAGAAUGGUGUGCUUGUGAUGAAGAACUCUUACUAGUGGCUUAUAAAGAAUGUCACAAAGCUGUGAUGAGGUGCAGUACAGGUUUCAAAUCUAGUAGCAAAACAGUAAUACAAUUGUGUGGUCAUACUUUGGAAACUAAGUCCUACAAAGUAUCUGAAGAUCUUGUAAGCAUACAUCUGCCACUGUCUAGGACUCUUGCUGGUCUUCAUGUGCGUUUGAGCAGGCUGGGUGCUGUUUCAAGACUGCAUGAAUUUGUGCCUUUUGAGGAUUUUCAAGUAGAGGUACUGGUUGAAUAUCCUUUACGUUGUCUGGUAUUGGUUGCCCAGGUUGUUGCUGAGAUGUGGCGAAGAAAUGGGCUCUCUCUCAUUAGCCAGGUGUUUUAUUACCAAGAUGUUAAAUGCAGAGAAGAAAUGUAUGAUAAAGAUAUCAUUAUGCUUCAGAUUGGUGCAUCUCUAAUGGAUCCCAACAAGUUCUUAUUACUGGUACUUCAGAGGUAUGAACUUGCUGAUGCUUUUAACAAGACCAUAUCCAUAAAAGACCAGGAUUUGGUUAAGCAGUAUAAUACCUUAAUAGAAGAAAUGCUUCAAGUCCUCAUCUAUAUAGUGGGAGAGCGUUACGUACCUGGAGUGGGGAAUGUGACCAAAGAAGAGGUCACAAUGAGAGAAAUUACUCACUUGCUUUGUAUUGAACCCAUGCCACACAGUGCCAUUGCCAAAAAUUUACCUGAGAAUGAAAAUAAUGAAACUGGCUUAGAGAAUGUCAUAAACAAAGUGGCCACAUUUAAGAAACCAGGUGUAUCAGGCCAUGGAGUUUAUGAACUGAAGGAUGAAUCACUGAAAGACUUUAAUAUGUACUUUUAUCAUUACUCCAAAACACAGCAUAGCAAGGCUGAACAUAUGCAGAAGAAAAGGAGAAAACAGGAAAACAAAGAUGAAGCAUUACCACCACCACCACCUCCUGAAUUCUGCCCUGCUUUCAGCAAAGCAGUUAACCUUCUCAAUUGUGAUAUCAUGAUGUACAUUCUCAGGACCAUAUUUGAGCGGGCAGUAGAUCCAGAUUCUAACUUGUGGACUGAAGGAAUGCUCCAGAUGGCAUUUCACAUUCUAGCAUUGGGCUUACUAGAAGAAAAGCAACAGCUUCAAAAAUCUCCUGAAGAAGAAGUGACAUUUGACUUUUACCAUAAGGCCUCAAGAUUGGGAAGUUCAGCCAUGAAUGCUCAGAAUAUACAAAUGCUUUUGGAAAAACUCAAGGGGAUUCCACAGUUAGAAGGCCAAAAGGACAUGAUUACGUGGAUACUCCAGAUGUUUGACACCGUGAAGCGAUUAAGAGAAAAAUCUUGUUUAAUUGUAGCAACUACAUCAGGAUCAGAUUCUAUUAAGAAUGAUGAGAUUACUCAUGAUAAAGAAAAAGCAGAACGAAAAAGAAAAGCUGAAGCUGCUAGGCUGCAUCGCCAGAAGAUCAUGGCUCAGAUGUCUGCCUUACAGAAAAACUUCAUUGAAACUCACAAACUCAUGUAUGACAGUACGUCAGAAAUGUCUGGGAAAGAAGACUCCAUUAUGGAAGAAGAGAGCAUCCCAGCAGUCAGUGACUACUCUAGAAUUGCUUUGGGUCCUAAACGGGGUCCAUCAAUUACUGAAAAGGAGGUGCUGACGUGCAUCCUCUGCCAAGAAGAACAAGAGGUGAAAAUAGAAAAUAAUGCCAUGGUAUUAUCAGCCUGUGUCCAGAAAUCCACCGCCUUAACCCAGCACAGGGGAAAACCCAUAGAACUCUCAGGGGAAACCAUGGACCCACUUUUCAUGGAUGCAGACUUGGCAUAUGGAACUUACACAGGGAGCUGUGGUCACGUAAUGCAUGCAGUGUGCUGGCAGAAGUAUUUUGAAGCUGUACAGCUGAGCUCUCAGCAGCGCAUACAUGUUGAUCUUUUCGACUUGGAGAGUGGAGAGUAUCUUUGCCCUCUAUGCAAGUCUCUGUGCAAUACUGUGAUCCCCAUUAUUCCUUUGCAACAUCAAAAGAUAAGCAGCGAGAAUACAGAACCUCUUGCUCAACUUUUGACCCUGGAACGAUGGAUACAGACUGUUCUGGCCAGAAUAACAGGUUAUAAUAUGAAACAUGCUAAAGGAGAAAACCCAACAAUUCCAGUCCUGUUUGAUCAAGGAAUGGGUGAUUCUACUCUUGAGUUCCAUUCUAUUCUGAGUUAUGGAGUUCAGUCUUCGUUAAAUUAUUCUAAUAGCAUCAAGGAAAUGGUCCUUCUCUUUGCCACAACAAUUUAUAGAAUUGGAUUGAAAGUGCCUCCUGAUGAAACGGAUCCUCGAAUCCCCAUGAUGACCUGGAGCACAUGUGCUUUUACUAUCCAGGCAAUUGAAAACCUGUUGGGAGAUGAAGGAAAACCUUUGUUUGGAGCACUUCAAAAUAGACAGCAUAAUGGUCUGAAAGCAUUAAUGCAGUUUGCCAUUGCACAAAGGGUUACCUGUUCUCAGGUCCUGAUACAGAAACAUCUGAUUCGUCUUCUAUCAGUUGUUCUUCCUAACCUGCAAUCAGAAGCUACACCUUGCCUUCUAUCCAUAGAUCUAUUUCAUGUUUUGGUGGGUACUGUGUUAGCAUUCCCGUCCUUGUACUGGGAUGAUGCUGUUGAUCUGCAGCCUUCACCAGUUAGCUCUUCGUAUAACCACCUUUAUCUCUUCCAUUUGAUCACCAUGGCACACAUGCUUCAGAUACUUCUUACCAUAGACACAGACCUCCCCCUUGCACAGAUACAGGAAGAGAGUGAAGAGGCUCGUUCUGCAUCUUCUUUCUUGGCAGAAGUUUCUCAGUAUACAAGUGGCUGCAUUGGGUGUGGUAUUCCUGGCUGGUAUUUAUGGGUCUCCUUGAAGAAUGGCAUCAUCCCAUAUCUUCGCUGUGCUGCAUUGUUUUUCCACUAUUUACUUGGAGUAACUCCACCUGAAGAACUGUUUACCAAUGCUGCAGAAGGAGAGUACAAUGCACUCUGUAGCUAUUUAUCUUUACCCACAAAUUUGUUCCUGCUUUUCCAGAAAUACUGGGAUACUGUGAGGCCCCUCCUCCAGAGGUGGUGUACAGACCCUGCCUUACUAAACUGUUUGAAGCAAAAAAGCACUGUAGUCAGGUACCCUAGAAAAAGAAAUAGUUUGAUAGAGCUUCCUGAUGACUAUAGCUGCCUCCUAAAUCAAGCUUCUCAUUUCAGGUGCCCACGGUCUGCAGAUGACGAGCGAAAGCACCCUGUCCUCUGUCUUUUCUGCGGAGCCAUACUAUGUUCUCAGAACAUUUGCUGCCAAGAAAUGGUGAAUGGGGAAGAGGUGGGAGCUUGCAUUUUUCAUGCACUUCACUGUGGUGCUGGAGUCUGCAUUUUCCUAAAAAUCAGAGAGUGUAGAGUGGUCCUGGUUGAAGGUAAAGCCAGAGGCUGUGCCUAUCCAGCCCCUUAUUUAGAUGAAUAUGGAGAAACAGAUCCUGGCCUGAAGAGGGGCAACCCCCUUCAUUUAUCUCGUGAGCGGUAUCGGAAGCUCCAUUUGGUGUGGCAACAGCACUGCAUCAUAGAAGAGAUUGCCAGGAGCCAGGAAACUAAUCAGAUGUUAUUUGGAUUCAACUGGCAGUUACUGUGAGCUCCAGCUCCACCUGGGAACAAUCACGAAUGAAGACAGGAAUGAAGACUGAUUCAAAAUUAUGGAGACCUUGCUGAAGGCUGAGGAAGGGUUGGAGGGUCUUUUGCUCCAUGUCCAGAUUCACACACGUCAAUAAAAUAUUCCUUAAUGGAGUAUUUCUUUCAAUUAGCAAACAUAUGUUUAAAAGGGAAAAAAAAAAAGCAACAUAGAUUAAUCUGGUUUAUGUUCCAGAACACUAAAGAAUUGCUUCUUCACCCCAAGUGUCUGAUUCUGCUAAUAGUUCCAGAGAACUCAUUUCCCUUCAUCGUCUGUCCCAUUUCACUCCAUCCAUCUGAAAAGUGAAGUCACAUCAAGCAGUUGGCGAGCAUUCUUACAUAUUAACUCUUCUACAAUUUGGUUUUUCCCCCCAAAUUUGGUUUAGCUAAUGGAUCAUGGACAAGAUUUUAAUGAUCUGUGAUAGUCUCCCUUGCAGCUAAAGAGGAAUUCAGAAACCAUGUGGUAUACUUCAGUUGAGAAAGUUUUCUAAAACGUAAACCUUUUAUUAAUAUGUCUCUCUUAAGGAAAUGCCCCUCAUGUAACACUUACUGUUUCAGCCAGAAAUUAAAUUUCUGUAUGGAGUUUCCAUUUCUACAGCAAAUUUCUGCUGGUAUGGAAAUGCUUUUUUUCCUUGAGGUCAAGUUUCUGUAGACCUCAAGAAGAGUUAGGAUAGUGUAUUCAUUAUUUAUCCCUGAUGUGACAAAGCCUGCAAUCCUCACCUCUGAUGGUGAGGAUUAGCUUUGUUGGGUUUUGAAAUUAUACUUUCAUUUUACAAAGGCAAGUUUCUAAAAUGAGUUCACUUAUCUCUUGAUUGUGGCACCACUGUAUUUAAAUCAGAAACCUGUUGCAGUUCUGUUUAAACUAUCUAUAGAAUGAGGGUAAAAAAAUUCCCCCAAUGAGUGGAGCAUUGGAUAUAAAUUAGAACAAUCAGAUUUAAGCCUGUUCUGUAACCUUCUAAUGUCUUUGUAAGACAGAUCCUUCAUUUGUUAUCUGUGUGCAAACUUUUCGUAAACUCUGGGUAGAUGAUGCGUACAACCAACCAAAAAAGCCAUGUAAUCAGUGGUCUCUGUCCUGUUAUAUAUAACAUGCUGUGGUUGCGCCAUCUUGUUUAUAAAUAACAGAGCUCUCCUGAAUCUGUGCAUAGACUUCUUGGCUUUAACUUUUUAUAUCAAGAACUUGGAAUAUAAAACAGAAGGCAGAAGAGAAAUUGAGAUCUUAUAUUUUAGCUUCUGUUGUCUCUGGGAUAAAGUUAGAAGUUUGAAAGAUGCAUUCAAAGACUAUCUUAUUUUGCCUUUGGUGACCAUGGUCAUAUGUGUUUAAAUGUUUUCCUACCUUCUUUUUGCUCAGCAAAAGCAAGCAAGUAAAAAUAUAUUUGCAAAUUGAUGAUACACAUUUCGGGUUAGGUUUUUUGGUAUCUUAUGUAAUAUAAGAAAGUCUGGAUUUUUCAAUAAGGGAUUGGCAUGAACAAGUAUCAGAAUCACAAUCAUGAUUUUCUACUUGAAUAAUUAUCAUUCAGAAAAUAUCAGGAAAUAUUAAUAGAUAUAACUCUAGUGAACAAUUUAUAACUAGUGAUGGGUGAGGAUUAGAAAUUUCAGUAUUCAGUUUGUCACAUUUACCAGUAUGAUUAAAUGAUUACAUUUCCCUUUAUUUCUUAUAUAAUUUGUUGGAUGGAUUGUCUGGAAAAGUUUGAGCCAUUUGCCUGGGAAACAGAAGAUGCUCACUUCUGCCCUAAUCAGUUGGCCCCAGUUUAGCAAAGAUAAACUGCUUUUUCAUUUCUAGCCUUUUCCUAUCCACUUCAUAAAUCCUAGAGUUAGGCUCUCAAGCUGCCAGAAGGACUAUCCUGCAGUGGCCAGUCAGAUCUUUACUGCCAAAGAACCCAUUUCCUGUUGAGUUCCAUUUCCUGAGGUUGACUCAGAUUUUUGCACUGUAGAGGAACUUAUGUUCUCAGUGCUGCCCCCAGCCCAGGGGAUUUCUAAUUAUGUUCAAAUAUCCUCGUUGUCUGCCUUCAUCAUUGUAAACAAUUUAAAAGCUUAUGAACUUUACUCUAAAAAUGAGCAAAGAGUCACUUUAUUUUCUAUAGUGUAUCAUGUGGAGGAACUGGUUCAACAGAUUGGCUCCAAGACUGUGUUUUUCUAAUGUUUGGUGAGGGGCUGGCAGGAAUUUUAAUGAUGCAGUGAAGAAGAACAUAUAUCUGUAUAAUUAAUUUAUUAUGUUGGUGUAUGGGCUGUGAGUUCACCCUUUAGUGGUCAUUUGUCAUUUCAUAACAACUAUGAAUUUUGGUUCACUGUGAUGAUCAUCUAUAUUUAGUGACUGCAACUUGUUUAUACCACUGAUUCAAAUUCCAUCCAUGAUGAAGUUAUACAAAUAAUGCAUAUAUUGAUAUCUUUUAUUGCAAAAUGUAAAUUUAAAACUUGUAUAAUGUUAUGUGCUUUUUGAAAUAAAAUAUCUUAUAUGUGUAUAUUUAAAAAGAAAGAAA